UGUAAAUAAUGUUAAUUAAUGUAUAUAAAUAAUUAAUUAUAAGAUUUUUUAACAGACUAAAACUUUUCGAAAUUGAUAUUGGAUUAUCAAAUUGAUAGACUAAAUAUAUAUAACGUAUAGAUUUGUAGAAUAUUUAACAGCAUUUCUGACCAAAAUAUUUUCGCACAACUUGUAGAUUGAAGGACACUAAACAUUAUGUCAAUACGGCCCCAAACAAAAUUAAACGUUAGUCACACAGUGUCCGUGGUAAUGAACAAUAAUAUUAUUCUCCUCAUCUCACACAUAAUUUUAAAGUAUUUCUAAUAUCAUUAUUACAGUAACAUAAAUAAAGAGAAACUGCAUUAUUACAGUAAUAUGGCACAAGAGCCCACAGUUUCUUUCAAAAUAGAUGUAUUGAUUGGAGAGGAAGAUCCAAUCGAUGACAGAUGCAUCAAUAUUGGAGAAUCGAUUUUGAAUGCAUUUAAAUCCAGACCGGAUUUUAUUGGCCAAGUAGAUGCAACGACAGGAGCAGAAAAUACAUUCCAGCAGAUGAGAGAAAGGAGCGUAAAAUGUGCAUUAUGGCUGAAAAAAUUGGGUGUUCAACGCAAUGACGUUAUAAUAGUGUAUUCUCACAAUCAUUUUAAUACUUAUAUACCAUACUUAGCGACUCUGUAUAUCGGGGCUAUUUUAUCUGUAUGGCAUGAAAGUCGAAUAAUGAAUUUAAGAUACUUUUUGAAGAAAAGUAGCCCAAAGGUAAUUUUUACUGAUUUCGACAAAGCUCCGUGUAUUCUCAAAAUCGCAAGAAUAAUGAAUAUUUCUACAAAAAUCGUGAUUUUCGAAAAGAAAGACAAAAAGAAAAGCAAAGCAAAAAGCAAUGAAAUAAACACAUUUAUAUCUAUGGUAUCGAUAUUAAAUGGUGCUUUUGAUAAGACUGAAAUUGACGAAUUUUCUUGCGUAGAAUUGAAAAGUAGCAAAGAUACCGCGAUGAUAAUAUUUGCCUGUGGUGUAACUGGUUUGAUUCCCAAGGAUGUGGUAAUUCCUCAUACAUUUUUCACAGCACCAUCAAAUCAAGAAGCGCCCGUUAUGGUGUCCAAUGACGUCGGCUUAUGGCCUGCAUCCUUAGGUUGGAAUAUCAGUUUGCUUUUGACAGUUCGUGCUAUACUUUCCUACGUAAAAGCGAUUAAAUUUCAUAGAUUAUUUGACACGAGUGAUAAAUCUCACUUAUGUAACUUAAUAGAAAAGUAUAAGGUAACUUGGAUAUUCCUUGAAACUAGAAUGUGUUUCCGAUUUCCACCACUUUACAUUUUUAAAAAUUCUGACAUCUCUUCCUUGAAACAAGUGCUAAUUGGCGGUAAUCCAUUUCCAAAUUGUCUUUAUAAAGAGUUUAUCCGUGCGCUUCCAAAUAUUUCUGUUAUUCAAGUAUAUUGUCUGCCUGAAACAGGUGUGAUCGCUUAUCAGCGAAAGACUGAAAAAUCCGCAUUUAGCGUGGGUAAAAAUAUUCAUUUAGUAUUUGUUGAUGUAAAAGACAGUUUACCGGUAAAACCAUACAAGAUUGGCGUGCUUUGGUGCAAAUCUCCGUCUUUGUUAAAUGCCUAUUCUAUUUCUACGACGCCCACUAAGACAAUUACUGAUAAGAAUGGAUGGUUCCAUACUGAAGAUGUGGGCUAUUAUGAACCAAAUGGUAAUAUCUACAUCCUCGAUCGAGGUGAACAUAAUAUAAAAUAUAAAAACCAUCAUUGUUUAGUACUUGAGUACUUAAUAACAUGUCAUCCGGGAGUGUGCACUGCUGCUGUAGCACUUAUGUGGAAUGCUUCUUAUGGGGAGCAUUUAAUGGCAUUAAUUGUACGAAGAAAAAAAUCAAAGGUGACCGAAGAGGAGCUGAAGCAAUUCGUUGCGAAAUAUUCGAAUUGCAUGCACCUUCGUAUGAGCGUACUAUUCGCUAUAGGUCUUCCAAUACUUCAAAAUGGAUUUUUGGCUCGUAAAGAAAUUUGUAAAAUGGCAGCCAAAUAUUUACACAGUAAAAUGCCAUUAUCUGGCAAUCGUGAAACAUCUCUAUGAAAAUAUUACUAAAUAUAUAAACUAACAUAUAUAAUAAAUGUCGAAUUGCAUAUAGAAAUAGUAAAAUUUUAAUGUGCAUUUUAUCAUAAAACCAUGACGCAUUUAUCACGAGAUUUUGAAUAAAAUAUAAAUUUUAUAUGUUUUAUAUAAAUAUUUUUAGUAAUAAAUAAUCUUUUGUUCUGCAAAUGUAAUUAUUAAUAAAAUAUAUGUUGUAUGUAUAUAAAUGUAUCUAGAAAAGUUGAAUUACUAUACAUAUACAAUAUCAAUCGAUUUACAUCAUACCAGUGUAUGUGUAUGUGUGUGUAUGGCUUGGUAAUAUGGGAUUUGUGCAAUUGUCUUAUCUUAGAUAUUUAUU